AUGACUACAAGCGACCCCCAUGCCGUGUUCCAUCUACUCGAGCUGGACCUGCCGGCAGGCGAUAGAGGGACCAAGCGCUACUUGUACGGCGGAGUUGCUGUCAAAGGCUGCGUUCCUCGGCUGGUUCGCCUGCGGAACAUCCAUGACUACGAGAGCGAGGUGUUUCAGGCAUCCGCGCAGGUGGUCUACGGGCGGGGCGGUCAUACACACAGCGACUCCGUUCGCAUCGCGCUGCCGAUGACUGCCGCAGCGGUGACCAUAGACAACGACCAAAUCAAUCCUCGCUGGCCCGUAUAG